CAAUUCAUAGACAGUUUCCGAUACAAUGCAAAGCGUGCAUCACUGGUGCAAAGUCGAAUCAAGGCACUGGAACGAAUGCCAAAGCUGGUGCCUCCAGAAAAACCCGUCAAGAUUGUCUUCAAGUUGCCUGAGUGUGAAACAAUCACUCUGCAGCCGCUGGUCCAGUUGGAGGGCGUCUACUUUCGCUAUGUGCCCGAGACUCCUCUCCUCGAAAAUGUGGAUCUUACUGUCCUCCACAACUCUCGCAUUUGCAUUGUAGGCGAGAACGGAGCUGGUAAGACUACGCUUCUUCGACUGCUUUUGGGCGACUUGACACCCAUCAAGGGACUCCGACACUGUCAUCGUUCCCUCCGAAUGGCCUACUUUUCACAGCACCACGUGGAUCAACUCGAUCUCACUGUGUCCAGCCUCGAAUUCCUCAUGAAGAAGUUUCCAGGCAACACAGAACAAUGCUACCGCAGUCAAUUGGCGUCUUUCGAAAUUGAUUCCUUGUUGGCUGAACGACCGAUCGGAAGUCUUUCGGGAGGACAGAAAUCUCGAGUUGUCUUCGCUGCUGUCUGCAUGCUAAGACCCAACCUCCUGAUUUUGGAUGAACCGACCAACCACCUGGACAUUGAGACGAUCGGCGCAUUGGGGGAGUCGCUGAACAAUUUCAACGGAGGUGUCGUUCUAGUCUCGCAUGACGAGCGUCUCAUUGCAUCGGUAUGCACGGAAUGCUGGUUGUGCACUCGCCAUUGUUACACCGACAACAAGGCAGAUGUCUGCCUCCCGACAGCCAGUCGUGUGCGUGUUUUGGCUGGCGGAUUGGAGGAGUACAAGAAAGCUGUUCGUAGGGAACUGGAAACUGGUGAGACAAGUCGGUAG